AUGUCUCACCCUCAGCCGGUCCCUCGGCCGCCCGACAAUAUAGAACCAGAGGACGACGGCCUCCUGGACGCAGAUGAAGCCGCCGAAGAGAUAAUAGACGACGACCCUGACCACCCAAUGGAAGACGAAGAUGAAGAUAUGGAAGGAGAAGAGCAAGAAAUCCAACUACAAAACGACUCCGCCGCACACUUUGACUCCCAUACAGACAGUAUAUUCUGCAUAGCGCAACACCCCUCCAAUCCAUCCAUCGUGGUCACAGGUGGCGGCGACGACGUCGCAUACCUUUUUGACGCAUCGGUACCUAACACACCCCAGAACACCAACGCGCCUCAGGGCGAGAGAAAAAGCAUCCCACCCCUCCAAAAGCUGGAUGGGCAUACCGACUCGGUCAACGCGGUGGCCUUCACAUACCCCCGAGGCGAAUACGUGGUAACGGCAGGACUUGACGGGAAACUACGGGCGUGGAGGUCAUCCGCGGACUCGAGAAAAUGGACAUUUGUGGCCGAGACGGCUGAAGUGGAAGAGAUCAACUGGGUAGCGCCCUCGCCCAACAAGGAUCAGGAGAACGUAAUCGCUCUCGGCGCCAACGACGGCUCAGUCUGGGUCUAUCAGAUCAACGCCGACGACAAAGCCAGCCCUCUCACAAUCGUACAAGCGUUCUACCUCCACACUGCAUCAUGCACCGCGGGAGCGUGGACACCAGACGGUUCGCUCCUUGCGACAGUCUCGGAAGAUGGCAGCCUCUAUGUCUGUGACGUGUUCGCCGCGGGUCAAGCUGUCAUUUCCUUCACCGCCGCAGACCAACGCUUCGAAGUUGAAGGCGGUUUGUACAGCGUAGCAUGUACCCCAUCGAUUGUUGCCGUGGGCGGUGCGGGCGGGAACAUCAAAGUCGUCGGCCUGCCACAACCGGCUGAUCAGGCAAAGAAGACUGGCGGCUCCAAAGGCGCCGGGAGACAACAGCAAGCCUCUUCGGCCGGACAGAUCCUCGCCUCUCUCCAAGCUCAGUCUGACGGCGUCGAGACACUUUCAUUCUCCUCUCCACCACUCAACAUCCUUGCCGCGGGAAGCGUCGAUGGCACCAUUGCCCUCUUCGAUACGGCCCAUCGCUUUGCGGUACGGAGACAUAUUAAAGAGGCGCAUGAAGAGUAUGCAGUCGUCAAAGUGGAAUUCGUCAGGAAUCCGACAAAGGGCGGUUGGCUCUUGACCUCCGCGGGCAUGGAUGGCGUGGUCAGGAGAUGGGAUGUGAGGGGCGGGACGACGGCGGCGGGUCAAGGGUUCGUCCAGGAGUGGAAGGGACACCGAGGGGAGGGAGAAGGAGGUGGCGUAUUGGGGUUCGUACAAGGUGGUGGUGGAAGCAGAAUUGUUACGGCUGGCGACGACGGUGUUGCGUUGGUGUUCAAAGCGGACAUUGUUUGA